AGUGCCAGCAGAGCCUGGCCCAGGCCAUGACGGAGGUGGAGGCCGUGCUCGGGCUGCUCGAGGCCGCGGGAGCGCUCAGCCCCAGCGAGCGGCGGCAGCUGGACGAGGAGGCGGGAGGCGCCAAGGCGGAGCUGCUGCUCAAGCUGCUCCUGGCCAAGGAGCGGGACCACUUCCAGGACCUGCGGGCGGCGCUGGAUAAGCCGCAGCCUCACCUGCUGCCCAUUCUCUACCUGAACGGCGUCGUCGGGCCGCCGCAGCCCGCCGAGGGCGCCGGCUCUACCUACAGCGUCUUGUCCAUCAUGCCCUCAGACUCAGAAAGCAGCAGCUCCCUUAGCAGCGUGGGCACCACUGGGAAGGCUCCAUCCCCACCACCCCUCCUCACUGACCGCCAAGUGAACGAGAAGGUGGAGAACCUCUCCAUUCAGCUGCGGCUGAUGACCCGGGAGAGGAAUGAGCUGCGCAAGCGCCUGGCCUUCGCGACACACGGGACGGCCUUCGACAAAAGGCCCUACCACAGGCUGAAUCCCGACUAUGAGAGGCUGAAGAUCCAGUGUGUGCGAGCCAUGUCAGACCUGCAGAGCCUGCAGAACCAGCACACCAACGCCUUGAAGAGGUGCGAGGAGGUGGCCAAGGAGACUGACUUCUACCACACACUUCACAGCCGGCUCCUGAGUGACCAGACCCAGCUAAAGGAUGAUUUGGACAUGCUGAGGCGGGAGAAUGGGCAGCUGCUACGGGAGCGGAACCUGCUGCAGCAGUCAUGGGAGGACAUGAAGCGGCUCCACGAGGAGGACCAGAAGGAGAUUAGUGACCUUCGGGCCCAACAGCAGCAGGUGCUGAAACACAAUGGCUCAUCGGAGAUUCUCAACAAGCUGUAUGACACAGCCAUGGACAAGCUGGAGGUGGUCAAGAAGGACUAUGAGGCCCUGCGGAAGAGGUACAGUGAGAAAGUUGCCGUUCACAACUCGGACCUGAGCCGCCUGGAGCAGCUAGGGGAGGAGAACCAGCGCCUGCUGAAGCAGACAGAGAUGCUCACCCAGCAGAGGGACACCGCCAUCCAGCUGCAGCACCAGUGCGCCCUCUCCCUGAGGAGGUUUGAGGCAAUCCAUCAUGAGCUGAACAAGGCCACAGCCCAGAACAAGGACCUGCAGUGGGAGAUGGAGCUGCUACAGUCGGAGCUGACGGAACUGAGGACCACGCAGGUGAAGACCGCCAAGGAGUCAGAGAAGUACAAGGAGGAGCGGGACGCCGUGUACAGCGAGUACAAGCUCAUCAUGAGUGAGCGAGACCAGGUCAUCUCUGAGCUGGACAAGCUGCAGACCGAGGUGGAGCUGGCCGAGUCCAAGCUCAAGAGCAGCACGUCUGAGAAGAAGGCGGCCAGUGAGGAGAUGGAGGCGCUGCGGCAGAUCAAAGACACAGUGACAGUGGAUGCCGGGAGAGCCAACAAGGAGGUGGAAAUCCUUCGAAAGCAGUGCAAGACUCUGUGCCAGGAGCUGAAGGAAGCCCUUCAGGAGGCAGACGUGGCCAAGUGCCGGCGGGACUGGGCCUUCCAGGAGCGUGACAAGAUCGUGGCAGAGCGUGACAGCAUCCGGACCCUGUGUGACAACCUGAGGCGGGAGCGGGACCGGGCCGUGAGUGAACUGGCCGAGGCCUUGCGCAGCCUGGAUGACACUCGGAAACAGAAGAACGAUGUCAGCCGGGAGCUUAAGGAGCUCAAGGAGCAGAUGGAAUCCCACUUGGAAAAGGAGGCCCGGUUUCGGCAGCUGAUGGCCCACAGCUCCCAUGACUCGGCUAUUGACACGGAUUCCAUGGAGUGGGAAACAGAAGUUGUAGAGUUUGAAAGGGAGACGGAGGAGAUUGACUUGAAGGCGCUUGGGUUUGAUAUGGCCGAAGGUGUGAAUGAGCCUUAUUUUCCGGGGGACUGUGGCAUAUUUGUCACUAAAGUGGACAAAGGAAGUAUUGCUGAUGGUCGCUUAAGGGUCAAUGACUGGCUGUUGAGGAUCAACGAUGUGGACCUCAUCAACAAAGACAAGAAGCAGGCCAUGAAGGCUCUCCUCAAUGGGGACGGGGCCAUCAACAUGGUUGUGCGACGGAGGAAGUCCCUGGGCGGGAAGGUGGUCACGCCACUGCACAUCAACCUCAGUGGACAGAAAGAUAGUGGCAUCAGUCUGGAGAAUGGAGUGUAUGCUGCAGCUGUGGUACCCGGAAGCCCUGCCGCCAAAGAGGGGUCCCUUGCUGUGGGAGACAGGAUUGUCGCGAUCAAUGGCAUUGCACUGGACAACAAGUCUCUGAAUGAAUGUGAAUCUCUGCUGCGUAGCUGCCAGGACUCCUUGACCCUCUCCCUCCUGAAGGUGUUCCCUCAGAGCUCCUCAUGGAGUGGCCAGAACAUCUUUGAAAACAUCAAGGACUCUGACAAGAUGUUGAGCUUUCGAGGCCAUGGCCCAGAGGUCCAGGCUCAUAAUAAAAGGAACUUGAUGCAGCACAAUAACUCCACGCAGACGGAUAUCUUCUAUGCCGACAGGCUGGAGGACAGGAAGGAGCCGAGCCCCCCGGGGGGUAGCAGCUCUUUUCUGCACAAGCCGCUCCCUGGGGCACCCUUUCAGGUCUCCCCCCAGGCCUGUCCCAGCACCUCUGAGCGUAGCCUGAGCUCUUUCCGCUCAGACGCCUCUGGAGAGCGUGGCUAUGGGCUGGUGGAUGUGCGUAGCCGGCGGCCACUGCUGCCCUUCGAGACCGAUGGGGGCCCCUGUGGGGCAGUGGAGGCUCCCCUGGAUAAGGCGGACACUGAGGGCUCUAAUAGCGGUGGGACCUGGCCCAAGGCUGUGCUCAGCUCCACGGCAGGGCCCGAGAAGCUCUCUGUUUACAAGAAGCCAAAGCAAAGAAAGUCCAUCUUUGACCCGAACACUUUCAAACGCCCCCAGACGCCCCCCAAAAUAGACUACCUGCUCCCAGGCCCUGGGCCUACUCACUCCCCUCAGCCCUCUAAGAGAGUGGGGCCUCUGACGCCUCCAAAACCUCCCAGGAGAAGUGACUCCAUCAAAUUCCAGCACAGACUAGAAACCAGCUCUGAGUCAGAGGCCACCCUGGUGGGCAGCUCCCCUUCCACCAGCCCCCCGAGUGCUCUGCCACUCAGCAAGGACCCUGGAGAACCCAUGCAUGCAUCGCCCCCUCGCAAGGCCAAGGUCCGCAUCGCUUCCAGCUACUACCCUGAAGGGGAUGGGGACUCCUCCUACCUGCCAGCCAAGAAGUCCUGUGAUGAGGACCUCACCUCCCAGAAGGCGGACGAGCUGGGGCAGAAGCGCCGCCGGCCCAAGUCUGCUCCCAGCUUUCGGCCCAAGCUUGCUCCAGUAGUGAUUCCUGCUCAGUUCCUGGAGGAACAGAAGUGCAUCCCCACCAGUGGAGACCUCUCCCCUGAGCUCCAGGAGUGGUCCCCUUACUCACCAGGGCAUUCCAGUCGGCACAGCAACCCCCCACUGUACCCCAGCAGGCCGUCUGUGGGCACCGUUCCCCGGAGUAUGACCCCUAGUACCACCGUGAGCUCUAUUCUGCGGAACCCCAUCUACACUGUGCGCAGCCACAGGGUUGGCCCAUGCAGCUCCCCACCUGUGCCCCGAGAUGUUGGCCCCCAAGGAUUGCAUCCCAGUGUCCAGCACCAGGGACGGCUGAGCCUGGAUCUGAGCCACAGGACCUGCAGCGACUACUCAGAGAUGCGAGCCUCCCACGGGUCCAACUCGCUGCCCUCCAGUGCCCGCCUCGGGUCAUCAAGUAACUUGCAGUUCAAGGCAGAACGUAUUAAAAUCCCUUCGACGCCAAGAUAUCCCCGGUCUGUCGUGGGGUCUGACAGAGGUUCCUUGUCACAUUCUGAAUGCAGCACUCCCCCGCAAUCACCUCUGAACAUCGACACCCUGUCCUCUUGUAGCCAGUCCCAGACCUCAGCUUCCACCUUGCCCAGGAUUGCCGUCAACCCUGCAUCCCUUGGGGAGCGAAGAAAGGACAGGCCCUAUGUGGAGGAGCCACGCCAUGUGAAGGUGCAGAAGGGCUCGGAGCCGCUGGGCAUCUCCAUCGUGAGCGGAGAGAAGGGUGGAAUCUACGUCUCUAAGGUGACCGUGGGAAGCAUCGCUCACCAGGCCGGCCUCGAGUAUGGGGAUCAGUUACUUGAGUUCAAUGGCAUAAACCUGCGGAGCGCCACGGAACAGCAGGCCCGGCUAAUCAUUGGGCAGCAGUGCGACAGCAUCACCAUCCUGGCCCAGUACAACCCGCACAUGCACCAGCUCAGCAGCCACUCGCGGUCCAGCUCCCACCUGGACCCUGCCGGUACUCACUCCACUCCCCAGGGUGGCAGUGCCACCAUGCCGGAGUAUCCAUCUGUCAUCGACCCGCUGAUGGAGCAGGACGAGGGCCCUGGCACUCCCCCGGCAAAGCAGAGCACCCCCAGCACCAGGAUUGUGGGAGAUGCCAGUAGGAAGACUCUGGACCCACGUGUUGUCUUCAUCAACAAGUCCCAGCUGGAGCUCGGGGUGCACUUAUGUGGCGGGAAUCUGCAUGGGGUAUUUGUGGCUGAGGUGGAGGAUGACAGCCCUGCCAAGGGUCCCGAUGGCCUUGUACCAGGGGACCUCAUCCUAGAGUAUGGCAGUUUGGACAUGCGGAACAAGACGGUGGAGGAGGUGUAUGUGGAGAUGCUGAAGCCCAAGGACAGCAUCCGGCUGAAGGUGCAGUACCGCCCUGAGGAGUUCAGCAAGAUCAAGAGCCUGCCUGGUGACAGCUUCUAUAUCAGGGCCCUGUACGACCGGCUGGCAGAAGUAGAGCAUGAGCUGAGCUUUAAAAAAGACGACAUCCUCUACGUGGAUGAUACCUUGCCCCAGGGCACGUUUGGGUCCUGGAUGGCUUGGCAGCUAGACGAGAAUGCCCAGAAGAUCCAGCGUGGGCAGAUUCCCAGCAAAUAUGUGAUGGACCAAGAAUUCUCCAGGAGAUUCAGCAUGUCCGAGGUCAAAGAUGACAACAGCGCUGCGAAGACACUGUCAGCAGCUGCGCGCCGGUCAUUCUUUCGAAGGAAACAUAAGCACAAACGCAGUGGGUCCAAAGACGGGAAAGACCUCCUCGCCUUGGACACCUUUUCUAAUGACUCCAUUCCACUCUUUGAAGAGACAGUGAGCCUGGCCUAUCAGCGGGUCCAGAAGGUGGACUGUACCUCUCUGAGGCCAGUCCUGGUUCUGGGCCCCUUGCUGGACGUGGUGAAGGAGAUGCUGGUGAACGAGGCACCCGGCAAGUUCUGCAGGUGCCCCCUCGAGGUGAUGAAGGCCUCCCAACAGGCCAUUGAGCGGGGUGUCAAAGACUGCCUGUUUGUUGACUAUAAACGGAGGAGUGGCCAUUUUGAUGUGACCACGGUGGCUUCAAUCAAGGAGAUAACAGAAAAGAACCGGCACUGCCUCCUGGACAUCGCCCCCCACGCCAUCGAGCGGCUGCACCACAUGCACAUCUACCCCAUCGUCAUCUUCAUCCACUACAAGAGUGCCAAGCACAUCAAGGAACAGAGAGACCCCAUCUACCUGAGGGACAAGGUGACUCAGAGGCAUUCCAAAGAGCAGUUUGAGACAGCUCAGAAGAUUGAGCAGGAGUACAGCAGGUACUUCACAGGGGUCAUCCAGGGAGGAGCCCUGUCAAGCAUUUGCACUCAGAUCUUGACAAUGGUCAAUCAAGAACAAAGUAAAGUCCUGUGGAUUCCAGCCUGCCCACUCUAGGAGAACACCAUGCUGUGGACUGGCCAUGGCUGCCCACCAGCAUGGAGACCUGGUCAGCUCUUUUCUAGCGACUGAAAAAUAGAGGCCUGUCUGUAUACAAACACGCAGGGGAAGGAUCCCGGACCAGGACUCCAAAAGCACCUCCUCAAAGACAGAGGGCCCUGGCUGCACAGGAUCUGGGCCCGGGCCAGCAGACUCUGCCCCUCUCACACGUGUGCUUUACAACAGAACAGCAAACACAGAAGACUUUUGACAGAGGGGCUCAGCACCCACCUUUCUUUAGCCAGCCGAUCAGAGAUGCUGCAAAGAGAACCUUUCAGAUCACAAGUUUACAAGCCUUUUCUAAGUAUUUGGUUGUUUAUGUUUACUUGAACGGCUCCAUGUUGUCGGUGCCCAGCCCCUCCUUCCCCCGGCCACCCCCUUGUUGCUUUGGUGUUGAUUUUGUCCCUAUCUUUGGCAAGAUGACCCUGGAACUUCGUGGCAGGCUUUGCUUUGGGAGGUUCUUGUCAGUGGGACCAGAGCUUUGACAGACUUCCUGCUCCUCGGUGGCACCUCUCCUGGAAGGACCUCAUGACUGCAGGUGCUCAGACCGCCGGUGGUGGCAGAACCAGUGCCUUGUGGGGCCCACUUGCUGGUUGACAGUGUUUUUCUCCUGCACGGGGGAAGGCGACUUUGGCAUUCUUACAAACUUCCCUCGGCCUUUCUCAUUCCUGCCUUCCACAGCCGUGUCUUCUCCAUCUGCAUUUAUUAUUUAAGCAUCAUGUCUGGUCCAUGGGAGCACCUUGGGCUCACGACGACACCGUUGGUUCCCGGCAGGGUUAAGCUAGGCUGAUGCAUGCCGCUGGGUUCUCUAGGUUCUGCCAAUCACGACAGCCUUUAUCAAGUGCAAUGUUUGCAGGGUAAUUCUUAAACUUUAUGGAACGUGGCAGGUGCACCAGUUCUUUUGGAUAUGAAAACAUUCAUGUUUCAGACUGAAUUAAGUACUUUUAGGAGAAAUAUCAAUGGUUAGUGUUGUCACUAUCACCAGUCUAAAAAGAAAAACCAGGACCUUUUUCAUCUUGGUUACAGCACUCAUGGCAUGAACCUUACUCCAUAAGGACGUCUCCAUUGGGGGGGUUUUGUUGUUGCUCUUCUGAUGCCGGAGAUGUCUGGCUGAAGAUUUGACGUGGUUUCUCCUUAAACUGUGUGUCCUGUUAAUAGUAGGUACUGUACUGGGCUCCCUGUAAGUGUCAUUGGGGUAGGACCUGUAUUUUAGUACUGUUCCUGACAUUUCAUUUUAUUAGCCAGAAAUCUCUGAUUUCAUUUUAUUCUUUGUAAUUCUAGACACUAGAUUGUAGUUUAGCCAUUACUGACUUUUUUUUUUUU